CAUGGCUGUGAGCAGCAGGGAGAAAGAGUCAAGUAAGCAACAGGAACAAAGUUGUGGGACGUGAGUCCACGGUACCGCGGUGUUCACCCGUGGAGUGUAAUAACCAUCUCUACCGUCCCCAGGAGGCAGUGCGCGCUGUGUGUUAAACACUACGGGGUGUGCUUUGCUUUGCUUUGCGCUGCAGGAAGGCGUCCCAGAAAGCUCCAGGGACUGGAUGCGCUCGAAGACGGUUAAGAAGAAGAGUUCCUCGCACCGAGUGGAAAAUGCCGUAGAUUAACUGGACUAAUGUAACGUUACAUUAAACUUUCCCACCUUUCCAGUACACUUUACGUCACUUUGUCUGUCCCCCAUACUCAACACGCGUUGGGCUUGUCCUGAGGGAGCCCGUGUCCUGACUCCCCUGGUGACAGCAGCAGAGGUGCAGAACGAGGGCUGGAACUGUAUCACACAAUUUGAACCGAUAAAGCAUUGAAUUUAUUGGCUACCAUGGCAUCGCACGGUGACAGCGCAGAGGGAGGAGCCAACGAAGAGUUCAACGACAUCAUAAAGUGGAGAUCUGAUGAACAUGAUGCAGUACAGAAGAAAACAUUCACCAAAUGGAUAAAUGCACAGUUCUCCAAGUCGGGGAAGACACCCAUCAAGGAUAUGUUCUCUGACCUGAGGGAUGGGAGGAAGCUGCUGGACCUGCUGGAAGGUCUCACUGGCACUGUACUGACCAAAGAGAGAGGCUCAACCAGAGUGCACGCUCUCAACAACGUCAACAAAGUUCUUCAAGUCCUGCAUCAAAAUAAUGUUGAUCUGGUAAACAUAGGAGGGACAGAUAUUGUUGAUGGGAACCACAAGCUGACUUUGGGCCUCAUCUGGAGUAUUAUCCUUCACUGGCAGGUGAAAGACAUCAUGAAGGAUAUCAUGUCCAACCUGCAGCAGACCAACAGUGAGAAGAUCCUACUGAGUUGGGUACGUCAGUGCACCCGCUCAUACCCAGAAGUCAAUGUGCUGAACUUCACCACUAGCUGGGCUGACGGCCUGGCUCUCAACAGCAUCCUACAUCACUUCAGGCCAAAUGCAUUCAGCUGGAAUCAGGUGGUCAAACUGAGCCCUGUGGAGAGACUGGACCAUGCCUUCACUGUAGCCAAAGACCAGCUGGCUAUUGAGAGGCUACUGGAUGCCGAAGAUGUGGCAGUGCAGCUACCAGAUAAGAAGUCCAUCAUCAUGUACGUAACAUCGCUGUUCGCCGUGCUGCCCAAAGACGUGAGCAUGGAGGCAAUCAGAGAAGUGGAGACCCUCCCACGCAAAUACAAAGUGGGGUCUGAUGACUCAGGUCCAGGCCUCAGUGCUAAGAAUGUGCAGAUGGAGGAAGCAGGCAGCAGCCCCCGGCCUGAGACCCCCAGCACCCUGACAGAGGGGGAGAUGGAGGGCAGCAUGCUGGAAGUGGACCUAGACAGCUACCAGACCACGCUGGAGGAGGUACUGACCUGGCUGCUGUCGGCUGAGGAUGCCCUACACAUUCAGGAGGAGGUGUCAGAUGAUGUGGAAGAAGUCAAAGAACAGUUUCACACGCACGAGGCCUUUAUGAUGGAGUUGACAGCGCACCAGAGCAGUGUGGGUAACGUGCUUCAAGCCGGUAACCAACUGAUUGCCCAGGGCAAUCUGACAGACGAGGAAGAGGAGGAAAUCCGGGAGCAGAUGAGCCUCCUCAACUCUCGCUGGGAGAACCUCCGAGUGGCCAGCAUGGACCGCCAGGCCAGGCUCCAUGAAGUCCUGAUGGAUCUCCAGCAGCAGCAGUUACAGCAGCUUUCUGAUUGGCUGUCGCAGACAGAGCAGAGAAUCAAAAAGAUAGAGACAGAACCGACCGCUAAAGACCUGGAGCUCUACAAAGAACAGAUAGAACAGCACAAAGAGCUUCAGAACGACCUGGAGGCGGAGCAGGUGAAGGUCAACUCUCUGACCCACAUGGUGGUGGUAGUAGACGAGAACAGUGGUGAGAGUGCCACUGCUGCCCUGGAGGAGCAACUACAAUCUUUGGGUGAGCGCUGGGCGGCUGUGUGUCGCUGGACAGAGGAGAGGUGGCACAAGCUGCAGGAAAUCUUCAUGGUGUGGCAACAGCUUCUAUCGGACCAGAGUUUGUUUCAAGCAUGGUUGGCAGAAAAAGAGGAAGCCUUGAGUGAAGUACAGACCAGCAACUUUAAUGACCCGAGUGAAAUUAAUACCAAUGUGCGCCGAUUAGCAAUUUUAAAGGAAGACAUGGAAAAGAAGAGGAGGACUCUUGACCAGCUCUCUGAUGCAGGACAGGAUGUGAUAUCGUUACUACAGAACCCUGAGGCAGGAGCCAAGAUUGAGACAAGCACAGAGGAGCUGGCACAUAGAUGGGACAACCUAGUUCAGAAGCUGGAGGACUGCUCCUUCCAGGUAAUGGAAGCCGUGACUGAUGCUGGGAUGACUCAGGUAGAACAGCAGGUUGUCGUGGAUGCAGUUGCUAUAGCUGCACCUGCGUCGAUCCGUGACCAGGAGUUGGCCCCACCGGCUCCCCCUAAGAAACGACUGGUGGAGACGGAUGCAGAAGUCAGAAAACUGUUUGAAAGUAAGCUUGCUGAUGUCCUGAGCUGGAUUAAAACAUGGAAGACGUCCACUCAGGCACUGGCCUCCACACAUCCCGACACUACACCCGACACACCAGACCUGCAGGAGAAACUUCUGGGUUUGGAGUCGGACUUCAAUGGAAAGGAAGCCAAAGUUAGUCAAGUGCUCCAGGAGGGACGAGUCUUAAUGGACCAGCUGGAGAGAGAGGGAGUGUGUGUGGACUCAGUGAGGGCGGACAUAGACCUGACCCAAACUGAGUGGGAUGUGUGUUCGAGGGAGCUGCAAGCAGCCCGCGAGCGAGUUCACACUCAAAGCCGUGUCAGGGCGGUUUCUGCAGAGCUGACAGACCUGGACCAAGCCCUUGUGGAACAGGAUCGGUGGUUGGACUCAACUUUGGCUGUAGAAAAGUGCGACGAGGCUAAGCUCAGAAGCCUGAGUGGAGAAUGUCAGUCCCGACUUGUCCAGGUCACUGCCUCGAGUCCGAGAUUGGAGCAGCUUUCUGCAGAGGCGGGGUCACUAGGAGCCAUGCCCUCUCUGAAAGACAACAUGGUGGUCGUAUCGGCACAUCACGCCUCCACACUGCAGCGGCUACAGAGCAGAGAGCAAGAGGUCAACAAAGCUUUGACAACACUUGAGGCCAACCAGGUGUUGUCCAACCAGGUGGACGGGCUAACGGCCAGGCUGGCCACUCUGAGAGAAGGAAUAGUAAACAUUCCUACAGCUGAGGAAGCAGUGGAGAGGGCACAGGGCCUGUGUCUGGAGAUUGAGCAAACACAGCAAGCCUCCGAUCCUACAGAACUACAAAGAUGGAGUCAGCUCUCCUCUAAGGCCCGUGAGGAGCUGGGCACACUGCAGUGCAUCCUGGGUAGCAUGAAGGACAAUCAGGUGCGUUUGGUGGAAGUUGAACGUUGGUUGGAUCCGGUUCAGGAACUGUUGUCUCGUGAUGCCACGGGGUUGGGUGACAAAGAGAGUCUACAGGAAGAGCUUAACCAGUGCAAGGAGUAUGUGAAUGAGAUGGAGUCGGUGGAAGGUUCAUUGAAGCAGAUGGGAGAGAAUGUGAGCGCCGUACAGAACGCUGCAGUCCCAGGACUAGCCAAGUGGGGGCAGGAUAAGUUGGACGAGUGCCGGAGCAAAUGGGACACGCUCAGCAAACAGCUGCUGAGACAUCAGGAGCGUGUGGCAGAGAGUCGGGAGAGGCAGGUGAAUCUGAGGAAGGACUUGGCGGAGAUGCAGGAAUGGAUGACCCAGGUGGAUGAGGAGUUUCUCAUGAGGGACUUUGAGUACAAAAGUCCUGAGGAGCUGGAAUCAUCGCUGGAGGAGAUGAAGAGGGCUAAAGAGGAUGUGCUGCAGAAGGAGGUGAAGGUGAAGAUCCUGAAAGACAGCAUCAACAUGCUGGUGUCCAGAACAUCGCCCCCUGGUGGAGGCGGUGCAAAGGAGCUGACCUCUGAGCUGGAGGUGGUUCUAGCCAACUACCAAAAGCUCUGUGACCGCUUUAAGAGCAAGUGUCACACUCUGGAGGAGGUUUGGUCCUGUUGGAUGGAGUUGCUUCAGUACCUGGACAUGGAGCAGAGUUGGCUCAACACGCUGGGGGAGAAGGUCCAAGCUACUGAUAAUUUACCGGAGAGCACUGAGGCCGUGAAUGAAGCUCUGGAGUCUUUGGAGAGUGCGCUUCGCCACCCUGGGGACAACCGGACUCAAAUCAGAGAGCUCGGUCAGACGCUGAUAGACGGGGGCAUACUGGACGAACUCAUUAGUGAAAAACUAGAGGCCUUCAAUUCUCGUUACGAGCAACUCAACCACCAGGCGGUCAACAGGCAGAUCAGCCUUGAGCAGCAGCUGCAGACUCUAAAGGACAACGAACAGGCGCUCCAAACACUGCAGGAGUCCCUAAACCAGCUGGACCAAACACUCACGUCCUACCUCACUGACCGUAUCGACGCCUUCCAGCUCCCACAGGAGGCACAGAACAUUGGGUCAGAGAUCGCAGCCCACGAAGUGACAGUGGAGGAGAUGAGGAAGAGGAACGUGGCCAACUUGCCUCCCACCACCACUGAUGGCAAAGCUGCUCGAGGUGGGACCAUGCUGGACCAGCUACAGAGGAAACUGAGAGAGAUCUCCACAAAGUACCAGCUAUUCCAGAAGCCAGCUAACUUUGAGCAGCGAAUGUUGGACUGCAAGAGAGUCCUGGACGGGGCCCAGGCUGAGCUGCACAUUCUGGAUGUCAGGGAAGUGGACCCGGAAAAACUCCAGUCCCACCUCAGUGGUUGCAUGAAACUAUAUAAGUUGUUGAGUGAGGUGAAGCUGGAGGUGGAGACGGUGAUAAAAACAGGUCGACAGAUUGUGCAGAAGCAGCAGACGGAGAACCCCAAGGCCAUGGACGAACAGCUCACUGCUCUCAAACUGCUCUACAAUGACCUGGGGGCACAGGUAACAGAGGGCAAGCAGGACCUGGAAAAAGCUUUGUCUCUGUCUCAAAAGUUCCAGAAGGAGAGCGCUGCCCUGGAGGAGUGGCUGACCACCAAUGAGGCUCAGCUCCAGCAGAAGAACAGUUGUGGAGACAUGCCGGCUGAAAUUGAUGCUGAGAUCGCCUGGGCUAAUGGCCUGCUGAAGGAGUCGGAGCGUCGUAAGGUGGAGCUGUCCAGCUUGAUGGAGACCAGUGCUGGUCUGCAGACUCUGGUGGAGGGCAGCGAGGUUAUGUUGGAGGACAAACUCUGUGGCAUCAAUGAAGCCUGGGGCCGUGUCCGCACCUGGACCGAGGACUGGCUCAGUGCUGUGCUGAGUCACCAGAAUGAAGUGGAAAUCUUUGAUGAGAACUUGGCUCACAUCAGCACCUGGCUCUACCAGACCCAGAUCCACCUAGACGAGGCUGAGCGGCUCACCCCGACAGAGAGGGAGAAGGUGGUAAAGCGCAUGCUCGAGGAGCUAGAGGACAUCGGUCUGCGUGUGGACAAUGUGAGGGACCAGGCCAUCAUCCUGAUGACCAGCAGGGGGCCCGCCUGCAGAGAUGUGGUGGAGCCCAAACUGGCUGAUCUCAACUGCAACUUCGACAAAGUCUCCCAACACAUCAAAACCGCCCAGAUGAUGACAAGUCUGGAGUCAGGGGGUGUUCAGUUGAACCAGCAGAUACCUCAUCAGGUCAUUCACAGCCAGGAGAUCCGAUCAGAGAGUCAGAGUCACACUGUGGACUCCAGUGAGGUGAGGGACCUUCAGGCAGAGCUCCAGGACACACUGAGGGCUCUGCAGCAGCAGCAUGACCCAACAAACAUUCUGGAUGACGACGAGAUGGAUGAGGAGAAAGCCAGCGUGGAAGACUUGUUGACAAGAGGAGACGAACUGCUGCAGCAAACUUCAGACGAAGGCCAGAGGGAGGAGUUGAGGCUCCUACUGCUCCGGCUGCAGAGCCAAUAUUCUGCUCACAGGGAAUUGAGGGUGCUACGAAUCAGGCAGGCCGAAGUUUCUGUGGAGUCGUCUACUCACAUCUACACAGAGCAGAUAAGAGCCGAAGUGAGGGAUUCGCACAUGGAUAAGCACAUGGAGAUGUCUUCAGUGGAGCGUAGCAGGGCUCCCUCAGUGAGACCCUCCGACUACCUGUUGGACAUCAACAAAGUGCUCCUUGCCAUGGCGGACAACGAGUUGCUUCUGAACUCCUCUGAGCUCAGCGGUGGGCUCUACGAAGACUUUUCUAGCCAGGAGGACACACUGAGGAAUAUCAAAGAGAAUCUAGAGCGUGUUGGUGAGCGGGUCACAGGGAUCCACGAGCGACAGCCUGAUGCCAUCAGGGAUGCUUCCCCUGCCGAGGUUUCCCAGAUCGGAGACGCCCUCAUACAGCUCAACGCCGAGUGGGACCGCCUCAACCGCAUGUACAACCACCGCAAGGGAAGUUUUGACCGUGCUGUAGAGGAGUGGAGGCAGUUCCACUGUGACAUGAAUGACCUGAACCAGUGGCUGACUGAUACAGAGAUACAGCUGUCAGAGAGCGUUGGCCCCGAUGGACAGCUGGACUUGAACUACGCACGACAACACCAAGAGGAGCUGGAGGAAGGUCUUGUCAGCCACCAGCCCGUCCUGGCUGAACUGACCCGAACUGGGGAGCAGAUAAUUGGGCAGCUGUCAUCCCCUGACGGAUCCCUGCUUGAGGAGAAGCUCGACACCCUCGGUCAGCGGUGGAGAGCCGUCAACCGCCAAGUCCUUGACAGACAGCGCAGGCUGGCUGGAGGAGACCCGGCCCUGUCAGAACUGGUGAGGAGACGCGAGGUGCUGGCUAUAUGGUUGGAGCAGGCAGAAAACGCUGUCUGUUUCUUACCCGUCACUGCCACUGAGAGAAACCUCAGAGAACUGAAGGUCCUUGCCGAGGAAAUGGAUACACAGAAUGAACGUCUCGGAUGGGUUAACAAGCACGCUCCUCAGAUCCUGGCCAGUCCGAAUUUGAGCCCUCAGAUCAGAGACCAGCAUGUUGGCAAACUGAGAGCCAUCAAUCUCAACUGGAGCAAGGUGACCCAUGAGUUGUUGGAAAAAAUUGGGGAGGUGGAGACCAACCUGCAAAGUCACGCCCAGUUCCAGGACAGGAUGAACAGACUCACUGACUGGGUCGUCGUCACACACCAGACAAUCAUAACCAGAGGCCUGAGCCCUGUUCAAGCACAGGCUCUUGAGACCUCCAUGAAGGACAGGAAGAAGGACCUGGAGGACCUGUUGGCUCAUUCUAUAGAGCUACAGAGACAACAGCAGCUGCUGCCUCAGGAAAAGAGUGAGGUAGAGCAGCUGGCAGGUGACUGGAAAGCUCUGGAUUGUCGGCUGAGGGAAUCUCUCCAGCCACCCGUCUCGCCAUGGACACCGCACCAACAUGUCGUCCAGCACCAGCAGCUUGUGUCUUCUGUCCCCUCAGCCGUGCAGAUGGCCAGCCUGGUUAGCGAGGACCCUCACCACCAAACCCCGCACACACCAGACACCGUGGCGCCCACCGACCUCAACGAGACAGCCACCGAACUGGCGGACUGGCUUCUCCUAAUCACACAGAUGCUAAAGUCUAAUAUUGUCACUGUCGGGGACACGGAUGAGAUCAGGACGACGAUGGGACGUCUUCAGGUGACAAAGAGUGACCUGGAGCAGCGUCACCCCCAGCUCGAGGACAUUUUCACCCUGGCACAGAACAUUAAGAACAAGACCUCUAAUCUGGACGUUCGCACAUCCAUAACUGAGAAACUGGAGAAGGUACGCAGCCAGUGGGACAGCACUCAGCAUGGUGUCGAGGCACGGCUCCAGCAGCUGGAUAACAUGAUUGGCCACAGCAACCAGUGGGAGGAGCAGAGGAAGGAGGUGAACGCUCUAAUUGGGCACCACGAAGGACGUUUCCACAACCUUCUUCAGCAGUCCAGCGAUCCCCUGACUAAACAGCUUGCUGACAACAAGGCGUUCCUCCAAGACCUGGGCAGAGGCCAAGCUACAGUUGUGGCCUUCAACGAGCUGUCCAAUCAUCUUUUGCGGGAGUAUUCUAUUGACGACACCAGGAGGAUCAAAGAGGUCACAGAUAAGCACAACGCUGCCUGGAACAGCAUCAAUAACAGGGCAAGUGACCGCCACGCCCAUCUGGACAGCGAGCUGAAGGGCCUGCAGAUGUCUCUCAGGGAGCUGGAGUCCUUCCUCAAAUGGCUCCAGGAGGCAGAGACCACAGUCAACGUUCUGGCCGACGCCUCCCAGAGGGAAGACCUGUCGCAGGACUCCGCCCAUGUGAAAGAGCUGAGGCGACAACUGGAGGACAUCCAGGCUGAGAUCGAUGCCCACAAUGACAUCUACAAGAGUGUGGACGGGAACAAGUCCAAGAUGGUCAAGGCUCUGGGCAGCUCAGAGGAAGCAGUGUUCCUCCAACAUCGACUGGAUGACAUGAACCAACGCUGGAGCGACCUGAAGGCCAAAUCGGCCAACAUCCGAGCCCAUCUGGAGGCGAGUGCUGAACGCUGGUCUCGUCUGCUGGGCCUCCUGGAGGAGCUGUGGAGGUGGAUCUGCUUGAAGGAUGAGGAGCUGGCCAAGCAGAUGCCGAUUGGAGGAGAUGUCCCCACUCUGCUGCAGCAGCAAAACCACUGCACGGUACUACGGUCAGAACUGAAGGAACGUGAGUACUUGGUGAUCAGUACUUUGGAUCAAGCCCGGACUUUUCUGGCUGACCAGCCCAUCGAGGGUCCUGGAGAGCCACGCAAGACCCUGCAGCCAAAGACGGACCUCACCCCAGAGGAGAAGGCUCGAGGGUUGGCCAGGGCCAUCCGCAAGCAGACGGGGGAGGUGAGGGAGCGAUGGGAGCGUCUGAAAGGACACAUGGGUGGCUGGCAGAGUCAGGUGGAGCAAGCCUUGGAGCGACUCCAGGAGCUGCAGAGCUCCAUGGACCAGCUGGACCUGCGGCUGACUCAGGCAGAGGAGGCCAAAGCUACCUGGCAGCCUGUAGGGGAUCUGCUGAUCGACUCUCUGCAGGACCACAUCGAAAAGACCAUGACCUUCAGAGAUGAUAUCGCCCCGUUACGUCAGGACGUAAGAAUCGUCAACGAGCUUUCUGCAGAGCUGACACCGUUGGACAUCCAGCUGUCCUCCACUGCUUCCAGACAACUGGACCAGCUUAACAUGAGAUGGAAACUUCUACAGGUGGCUGUGGAGGACAGACUGAAGCUGCUUCAGGAAGCCCACAGAGACUUCGGCCCGUCCUCUCAACAUUUCCUCUCCACUUCUGUUCAGCUCCCCUGGCAACGUGCAGUAUCUCAGAAUAAGGUUCCAUAUUACAUCAAUCAUCAGACACAGACGACCUGCUGGGACCAUCCAAAGAUGACAGAGCUAUACCAGUCACUAGCGGACCUUAACAAUGUCAGAUUCUCAGCAUACAGAACAGCCAUGAAGAUCCGCAGACUACAGAAAGCACUGUGCUUGGACCUGUUGGACCUCAGCGUGGCCCAGAGCACCUUCGAGCAGCACAAGCUCACCAACAACAAUCAGCUGCUGUCUGUCCCCGACGUCAUCAACUGCCUGACGUCCAUCUACGACGGCCUGGAGCAGGAGCACAAAGACUUGGUCAACGUGCCGCUCUGCGUUGACAUGUGUCUCAACUGGCUGCUCAAUGUUUACGACACUGGUCGCAGUGGGAAGAUCCGCGUCCUGUCCAUGAAGAUCGGUUUGCUCUCUCUCUCCAAGGGACACCUGGAGGAGAAAUACAAAUACCUCUUCAACCAGGUAGCGUCAGCAGGAGACACAUGUGACCAGAGGCAGCUUGGUCUGCUGCUACAUGAAGCCAUCCAGGUCCCGAGGCAGCUGGGGGAGGUGGCCGCCUUCGGAGGCUCCAACAUCGAACCCAGCGUCCGCAGCUGCUUCCAGCACGUGACCAAUAAGGUGGAGCUGGAGCCCAGGCAGUUUGUUGAUUGGAUGCGUCUGGAACCCCAGUCUAUGGUUUGGCUUCCUGUCCUGCACAGGGUGGCUGCUGCAGAGACAGCAAAACAUCAGGCCAAGUGUAACAUCUGCAAGGAGUGUCCUAUUGUUGGCUUCAGGUAUCGCAGUCUGAAGCAUUUCAACUACGACGUGUGUCAGAGCUGCUUCUUUUCUGGGCGCACCGCCAAGGGCCACAAGCUCAACUACCCCAUGGUGGAGUACUGCACACCGACGACGUCAGGUGAGGACAUGCGUGAUUUCACCAAAGUGCUGAAGAACAAAUUCCGAUCGAAGAAGUACUUCGCCAAACAUCCUCGGCUCGGUUACCUACCAGUCCAGACGGUUCUAGAGGGUGACAACAUGGAAACUCCCGUCACCCUCAUCAGCAUGUGUCCGGAGCAGUAUGAGCUGUCCCAGUCACCUCAGCUCUCUCAUGAUGACACCCACUCCCGGAUAGAGCAGUAUGCCAGCAGGUUGGCCCAGAUGGAGCACUCCAACGGCUCUCUGCCCACAGACAGCAGCUCAGCAACAGGAAGCAUGGACGACGAGCAUGCCCUGAUCCUUCAGUACUGUCAGACGCUGGGAGGGGAGGGCUCCCCCUGCAGUCAGCCCCAGAGUCCUGCCCAGAUCCUGCAGGCCGUGGAGAGGGAGGAACGAGGAGAGCUGGAGAGGAUCAUAGCACGACUCGAGGAGGAGCAGAGGAGCCUGCAGAAAGAGUAUGAGCAGCUAAAGGAGCAGCAUGGCCAGCGAGGGGCCCCUGCUGGAAGCCCCUGGGAUUCGGAGGGUUCUUUCACCCAUCCUGACGAGGCUGAUCUUCUAGCUGAGGCCAAGCUGCUACGACAACACAAAGGCCGGCUGGAGGCCCGCAUGCACAUUCUGGAAGAACACAACAAGCAGCUGGAGUCUCAGCUCCACCGCCUCCGACAGCUACUGCACCAGCCGGAGAUGGACUCAAGGGUAAAUGGAGUGUCCUCUCCAACUGUGCAAGAUGGAGGGCCACUUACUGAAAACUCAGAUGAGUUGCUGGAUUCCCACCACAGCAGCUCUGACCUGGCAGACGUAAUGGAGCAGAUUAACAACUCCUUCCCUGCAUGCAGUCCUUCGAGCCUCUCCUCAAGACCACAGGUUAUGUGAGGACAGUCACCACAGAGGAUGCCGCGUGUUUGUGUGUGCACAAAUGUGAGUGUGUAUGCCCACUAAGUGUUGGAGGAAGACAGGACCAUUCCCAAACAAACAAUCCCCCCCGAUCCCAAAGACGCACAGGACCAGACAACUUAACUACUUUUACCACCUUGUCUUGUACUAUGCAAACUGUACAUUUUAUGAACUGUAGAUUGUACCUGAACUUGGUUCACCAUUUGUCAGUGGUUUGUUUAGAUAUGCAGAUGAGUAUAUGGACACGGGGCUUUGUAUAGAAAAAAAAUAUGCUUUUUUGUUUUUUUUGCCAGAGGGUGGUUUGAGAUUUGUAUUUCGUUCUUAAGUUCUGCCCUCACUGGGAAUCAUACUGUUGCAUAUGUUGUCAUUCCACUGCUUCGUACCCUCCAGUCCCCACUAAUUAUCUGUCAAUGGAAGUAGCCACAGGUUUCCAUGUUUGGGAGCACGCACAGUUCCUGAGUAAUACCAUCUAGUGGCCGAAAAAUGACUUUUCCAGCCUCUGUUUUGUUUUGAAAAUCUAUCUUGUAGCAUGCUCGAUGUCAAGUUCCCCUUUAAAGCAUUGAUAUGGCGCCAGACUUUGUGUCGUCUGCGAUUUGUUAAUGUAAACUUUACCCCUUCUGUGCCUAUACAGUUUGUCAUUCCACGUGUGGAAGACAGAGAUAAGAGUCGAUAAAUGAAAGUGGGUUUGUGUAUAAAGAGUGAGGUUUCGGAGAAUAAAGAUUUAAAUCUAAAGUUGUUCAGAAUUUGGGUUAGUAAGAGGCCCGCCGUCAUCAUGUAGAAUAGUUAUUUUUUAAAAGAUAUAUGUUCAGAAAUCAGAGGAAAGCCAUGAUUGCCUUGCUACCUCAGACUCAUAGACACAGUUUUGUUUUUUUGUGGUUUGUAAACUUGUUUAAACAGUUGUGAUCAUUUACAGAACAAGAACAACCUGGUUUAGCUUUCUAAGCUUUAGCUUACUGUAUCGGUGUACACUGCAACGAGGAGAUGCCAAGUAAAAAAUAAAGAAAAUCUAUUACUGUACCACGAUGGGUCUGUGGCCGGGUGAAGCUAGCGGCGCGUUAUGACAAGUAUUACUUUAUCUGAUGUUGGUUUCUCCACUGGCCUACUAGCACUGGUCCCUCCCUCUGUUGUUGAUCUAUAUGCUAUCCUGUAAAACUUGUGAGACUGAACAACACUACUAUAACCUCCUCUGACUGUAGACUAAUGAUGAUGUUGGUGAUGAUUUUAAUGAUUCCAAUCAUGAUGGACAGUACCAUGCCAGAACUGUGUUGCUUCUCCUGAGGUAUGUAAAAUAGAUUGACCACACUACGUGUAAUAUGGCUACGUUUUAUUCUAAAUAAAAUUUU